AUGGAUUACUGUACGACACGUCGUUUACGAGGAUCACGAAGUGAACAUGCUCUAACACAGGAAGCUAGAAUCGACGCGUUACUGAAAGAGAUGCGUCCGACCCUAUCGACUACUCGACCGUUAAGAGUGUCCGAUGAUGAUGUUUCGCCGUCUCCGCCCGGUUACGACGUCAUUUUUCCACCAAAAACUGCUCCUCCACCUUAUAGUCAAUUGUUUAUACGUUCGGCUCAAUCAUCAUGGAAUGUGGAUCGUGAAACGGCGCUAUCGUCAAAACCUAAAGUACUCUCAACGUGGGCUAUAAAUCCGAAACCGAUGACGAAUCCGUACCUGAUUCCCUACGAUAGACGCCGUGGUAACGCAUACCCUCCUCCAGUGUCGCCUUCCGACUCUCACAGAAAAAGUGUACAUACAGUACCCGAGAAGAUCCAAAAACCGUCAACUCCUGACGUUUUAACAUCAACUUUUUCACUUCCUGAUAGUUCUUCCGAAAAUGGUGCUCUAACGCCAAGAAAUGCUCCACGGCAAGCAAGUUUCAUGGCAGCGAUGAGCCGACAAGCAUUAUGCGAGAACGAAGAGACGUUAACAGCGAUGCGCUGUUGCGUACAGGAACAAACAACUCCACAAGUGUUACGACGUAAGGAGUUCAGAAAAAAUCCCAAUGAUAGUGUUACGAUUGCAAGAGAAAAUCGACGUACGACUAUCUAUGGCGACCAAAUCUUCUCAAAACAAUCACGACAUGAAUCACAUCGUGACAUGAAUCAUAACGUCUCAGCGCAAAAUAAAAUGAGACGAGCUCGACCGAAAUCUUACGUGCUGGCCACGUCCACCAGUUUACCGGAAACGGAGCAUCCGAUGUCAUUCAGUCAUGAUGACAGCAGAGAGUUGUCCUCGCUCGGAUCAUUGUCCUCAAUCGAUAGGACAUCUCGUACCAACAACCAAGCGCAACAUAAUACGCAUGGACAUCGAAUGCAAAAAUUUAUCUCAUUAUUUAGCCAUCAGAAUUCACCAGUGAAACUACGAGCGAAACGAUCGCGUACCUCGCUUCCCACAUCACGUACUCCACUGCCGGAUACGGUACUACGAGCAAGUAAACUCGUACGACAAGGAUGGGUACGCCAUCAGGAACUUGCCUUGGGCAAGACCGGUAAACGACGACAUUGGGAAGAAUGCUAUGCGGUACUGUUUGACCAAAGCCUCUAUCUAUGUCCAAAUGAACCUCGUUCGACGACUGCGGAGAAUACUGGCGAAAAAUUAAUUCAUUUGCCUCCAUGUGCCCGAGUGGAUGUACAUUCAUCGAUUAUCGAUAUCGCCUAUGAAUGGUUGGCGAUGAGCCGUACAAAGCACGUGAUUCGUUUGGUGACACAAACAAGAACUGAACAUCUGUUCGAAUUGGAUAGCGAAGCUGACAUGCUAUCAUGGAUUGCCACAUUACAAUCAUGUGCCGAAGGUACGAUGUCACCACAAUUGCACAGCUCUUGUUCGGUCGCCUCACUGGCCUCGUCCUCAUCGACACCAUCCGAACGCAAUGGACAUACAGCGUCGGCCACCAAUCAGCUGAUUAUGCAUAGGUACAAAGCGAAAUCAUCACAGCUGCAAUCACCAGGAUCAGCAAAACGUACAAUGGCAAAUGAUGUGCACUGUGCACAACCAGGCACAAGCAAGGAUAGUAGUUCCGGAGAGAAUGGAGAGCCAUCCACGCCAAAAUCAGGCCGAAAAUGGAAGAAAACGAAAGCGGGCAAGCAGGGUAGUGGCGGUACUGGAAGCGCGGGUGGAAGUGGAAGCAGUUCAGCGAACACUAACGUUAACAGUUCGGCAUCUGGCGUACAAACACCACAAAGUGUGCUCGGAAUUCGACUUGCGGAUUGUGCGAUGUCUGGUCCAGAAGAUCUCGUCCCCUUAUUGGUACGGAUUUGCGUAAGUGUUGUUGAAGCGAACGGUUUGGAUACCGUUGGUAUAUACCGUAUACCUGGGAAUACAGCCGCUGUGAAUGCACUUAAGGAGACGCUUAGCCAUUGUUUGGAUACGAUGACAAUGGAAAAUUUGGACAUGAGUGAUCCACGAUGGCGUGAUGUGAAUGUGGUAUCGAGUUUGCUGAAAAUGUUCUUAAGAAAAUUACCGGAACCACUUCUCACCGAUAAACUUUAUCCAUUUUUCAUUGACGCGAAUCGGAUAGCAAAUCAUCAUAAUCGGCUACAUAAGCUGAGAAAUUUGCUACGAAAGUUGCCACGACAUCAUUAUGCCACUCUUAAGUAUAUAAUAUUCCAUUUGUCGGAGAUCACUAAGAAUAGUCAAGUGAAUAAGAUGGAAACACGGAAUUUGGCUCUGAUGUUUGGACCAUCAAUUGUGCGCCCAUCCGAUGAUAAUAUGGCCACCAUGGUGACACAUAUGAGUGAUCAAUGUAAAAUAAUCGAGACGCUUAUACAUUAUCAUGCUUGGAUGUUUGAUGAUAACUCGACCGCUGACGAUAGUGUCCCUGAGCAACAUCCAUCGGAAACAGGUGGACCACCGCUAGAAGCGCCCCAAUAUGGCGUUGGUGUCCCAACAGGCGUCUCCGCUGCAUCCUUUAACGAUAUGCAUAAUUUGAUCCGAAAAGCUAACGAGGAUCAAGCGGCAGCAAUGAUGAAUGAAGGAAAAGCGGGCAAGAUCAAGAAUAUUUUGCGACGAAAUUCUCGGCGAGACAAAUCGAAAUCAAAAUUGAAAAUUGAAUCCACGGCGCCAGCGGCUGUGAAUCCACGUGGUGCUGCCGUGAGCGCCAACAACACUGCCCACCAACCGGCACCAGCACUAACGCAUUCACCUACAGCGCAGAGCAGCGUGGAAAGUGCGUUCUGCGGAAAUUAUCAGGAACGUGACAUCGAUGCGGAAAUCAUGUCACGACAAACCGUUUCUCCGCUAGCCGUUGCCUCAUCAAGCACCCUAGAACAGAGCCCAUCAGUGGAAUCCAGCCUCGGUAGUAUUCCGGAUACAAGCCGAACUGAUCCCGGUGCUACAACCUCACCGUCCGACACUGGUGAUAUUCAAGCUAGGCGAAAGAGACAGCAGGACAUCUACUCUGCUCGACGAAUCUUCAUCGCUGGCUCAGCUGCUGCAGCUGAUGAUAGCAGCGCUGUUGAUGCGUUGGCGAAUCAUACUCAGCAUCUGAAUAUGGCCAAUAGUCCGGCAUUGGAGGUCCUAAGUGAAGAAACCAGGGAGAAGAUUCGCAAAAUGCAGCGGCGCCAGAACUGGAUGGAUCCGCUACCACUUACUUUUUCGUCACCUGUUGCGAAUACUAGUCAUGCGGUGCCGACAUCAGCCCCACCUGCACCAACAUCUCAUUCGGAACCUCAUCCGCCAAAUCCUUCCGCAGAAGUUCCCAAGACUGGUUCACCCACAAAGGAUAUGACUGAUGCGUUAUCGUGCACCUCGGAUUACUCUACGACCAGUUCCGCUCCACUGACUGCUCCACUUGCAGUUGCAUGCGCUGCCUCUUCAUCGGACUACGCAUCAAGCUUCAGCGAUCCAAGUCCUUGCGCUCGAAAUGCGUCCGCAUCACCGCGUCAACGUCCACAAGUGUUAGGUGUGUUAGCGGAAGCUCGAUGUCAACAAAAAAUUCGAAUCCGUAGUCGAACUGGUCCACGUGAUCCAACUCGAAGGCAUACAUUGUCUGAUAUGGACGUACUGAAGGAGGGUCGUCUGGAAAAGUUCGCUCGAUGGUUCGGAAUUCGAAAAUCAAGUCCGGAUGUGAGUGCACAACAUCCAUUAGACGAAGAGAAUGUGCCUCGUAAGCUUCCGCCAUUGGAUCCACCAAUGAUUGUACGAACAUCACCAAACGAAUUGACACCGGCAAGUGGAGACGAGCAACUAUAA